AAAAUUUCAUUCAACUCAAUUUAGUUGCUCUUCCUAGCUCCUAACGUUUAGUUCGUCUAAUCGUCUAAUCGGCCAGUAUUGAAGCUGGUUAUACGUCUAUUUGGUGCGGUGCAGUGAUAUUGUGCAAAUAGCGCGGUUUUAGAAAUAUUCAGAAACUAACGGUUUUGAAAAGUAAAAUUUAAAAAUGAAUACUACGUCGAGCCAACAUCGCGCGCGUGUAAACCCCGCCUCCUCACAUGCUAUCGUCUAUCCGACAACGGAUGUACGCACACCAGCCAUGCAAGGAUCACGCGUCUACCAGGGACUGAAAACAUCAGAGAAUGACGAAAUGGGUUGCGUCGAGAUACUCGCGACAGCAAUUUCCAUCGUCGUCAUGAUACUCACCUUCCCCAUCUCCAUAUUUGUGUGCUUCAAAGUGGUUUCCGAGUAUGAGCGAGCCGUCAUCUUUCGCAUGGGGCGACUGCGCAGUGGUGGCGCUCGCGGCCCCGGAGUUUUCUUCGUAUUACCCUGUGUGGAUGAUUAUUGUAAAGUGGAUCUGCGCACCGUUUCGUUUGAUGUGCCGCCACAGGAGGUGCUCUCCAAGGAUUCCGUGACGGUAACAGUUGAUGCCGUGGUCUAUUAUCGCAUUAGCGAUCCGCUUAAGGCCGUCAUACAGGUGUCUAAUUAUAGUCAUUCAACACGCCUGCUAGCGGCUACAACGCUACGCAAUGUUUUGGGCACACGAAACUUAUCCGAACUAUUGACGGAACGUGAAACUAUUUCGCAUACAAUGCAAGUAUCGUUGGACGAGGCUACCGAUCCGUGGGGUGUGAAGGUGGAACGUGUUGAGAUCAAGGACGUCUCACUACCGACAGCAUUACAACGUGCCAUGGCAGCUGAAGCGGAAGCAGCGCGCGAGGCUCGUGCAAAAGUUAUCGCCGCCGAAGGUGAAAUGAAAUCAUCGCGAGCUUUAAAGGAAGCAUCUGAAAUAAUUUCAGCGAGCCCAUCAGCUUUACAGCUACGUUAUCUACAAACACUGAGCAGCAUCUCCGCCGAAAAGAAUUCAACCAUAAUAUUUCCACUACCAAUGGAAUUGUUAACGCCAUUCUUAGGGCACUGCACAACGAAUCACCUGUGUCGGCAACAUGCUGCACAAGCAACAAGUCAUCAGUGACGUUUACCGUUGGAGGAGUAUCUGAAUGCUCUAAGUUUAUACGAAAUCGAUUACAAACGCAAGCCAAUACAAAAUUGACUGCCACACUUUUCGAACGAAGAAAUUUUGGUAAACAAAAAAAAAAAUGUUUUAAAAUAAUUUUGCCAUAACAAAUAAAUAAAUAAAAUAAAAUAAAAUAAAAAUAAAAUAAAAAUAAAAUAAAAAUAAAAUAAAAAUAAAAUAAAAAAAAAUACCAAAAAAAUACAAAAUACUGCAUUACGAGUCAUACAUUCAUACAUAUACAGGAAAUGUAUAGGAAAUCACGCUCAGGCUAGUAAGAAAACUGCUCUUUAUUUUAAAUAUCUUAUCUUUAUUUUAUUAUACUUUUUAAAAUUAGCAAGACUUAUUAAUUAAUGCUUUCCAUAAGUAAUUAUUCACAAACGUACGUACAAUGCGGUAAAUCAAUAAAAAAAAAUUUAAGAAUUUACCUUGAUGUGGUGCUUUUUUUUUGGAAAUACUAGUCUGUUCUGUUGGUGGCUAGACAGAUUGUGUAAUGGAUACUUUUGUGUUACCCAAUGAUGUUGUUUUUGUUUUGUUGUUCUAAGAAAUUCCAACUCUUUUUGUAUUUUUUUCACACUUUUGUUGCACGAACAAAUCUUCCAAA